UCAUUUAUAAAAUUUUGUUUUCAAAUUUUAUUUGUAUUAUCUGUCUGGUCUGACAUAACUUACUCUUUGAUACGCGGCCUGCCAUAUAAGGUUUACGCAAACAAAAGAUCGAUAUUAGCAAGUGACGACGGACAAUGCUUACACAAAUCUGGUUAUUUGAAAUUGGCUUUGUUAUUGUGCUGGGUCUCGGGGAGAUGAUCAGUACAAGUUUGUUCAACAUCACCACGUGUGAAGCGUUCGAGCGAGGAGCGCACUUUGAUAUCUACGACAUCACAAGCUCCAGGUGGAAAAUAAUCUACUUUUGGUCGAAGAACACCGAAAUUAAUCCAAUCACAUUUUCGUUAGUUUCAAAACAGAGACUGGACAAAUUCAAAGCGGUGGUGAACGCGGUAGAUCCUCAGCUCAACCCGGAGUGGCAUAAGGCUACAUUGUUCAUGGAGCCACGUCGGGGUGUUGAAAUACUGUUGCUGUAUGCUGGCACUCCUGGGGCCUUCCGAGCUGUUGUUAAAGUAAACCAGAAAGUUAAAGUGCGGCCUGUGCCUGGUCCCCUCAUGAAGUUGGCAGACCUUCGAAUGAAAACCGAGGGCCGUUAUAUGGGCAUGAUGUGCUGCGAAGAUAUGACAGCUUUCGCUUUAGCAAGAGUGAACGAAGUGCCGUCAACAGAGGAAGAAUGUGUUGGAGCCGCUGCGAGUCUGGGCCUUCGAGGUCCAGGUGGCCGAUCCCAUAUCUACCUCAAGAAUAUAGCACGAACAGAACUAUAACAAACAAUUUUCAGUAGCUAGAGUUAUUUGUAACGUUAAAAGCAGAGAUAACAUUUAUGACGCGAGAAAAUACAUCAACAUUUGUAAAUAGAUAAUUUUCCGUAUAACGCGGUAGAAUUGUUCCGCGUUAUAGGAAACCCCGUUAUAGGCAUAUGCCGGUAUAACUCGUUUUUACCACCUCGUUAUUAGUAAUAAUAAUAAUAAUUAAUCACAAUCUGUAACAAAUACUAGUUUUACUAUUUUAUUAAGGGCUAUAUAAUACAGAAAUUUAAUAACAAUUUAAUUUCGUAAUAACACAAUUGACACACGUGCAAAGGUACGCGAAGCUAAUUAUGAACUGAACAAAUGAUUAUAAAUUUCACAGUACAGAAAUAUAUUUGUGUUGGUGGUGUCACAAUACAGAUAUAUUUAUGUUCGAAUGUGGGAAAUUUCCGCAGUGGAGCUAUUUUUAUUACUUUAUUUUUAAUCUUUAUAAUAUUAUUACGGUAUUUAAUUUAGUAUUUUAAGAUUUUAAUUAAUAUUGUAAAUUGUUGUGUUUUUGUGUGAGUAUUCUAUUCUAAAUGACUGUGUUAUACGGAUGAUUGAAAUCGUUAUAGAAUUAAGGCGUUAUAAAGGUAACGCGGCCCACUUACCGUAUUAAAUAUAUAUAUAGUUAAUACUUUU